ACCCAAACAACACGAUCCAUGCGCUAAACGCAAGAAUUAUUCGUCUCUUUUAGCUGAAAUACCGCGAAAAUGGGCCGUUCCUCGAAGGACAAGAGGGACGUGUACUACCGGCUGGCCAAGGAGGAAGGCUGGCGGGCGAGGAGCGCGUUCAAACUGCUGCAGAUCGACCAGGAAUUUCGGCUGCUGGACGGGGUGACCCGCGCCGUCGACCUGUGCGCCGCGCCGGGCAGCUGGAGCCAGGUCCUCUCCAAGCGGAUGAUAAAAGACAAUCCGAAUAAAACUGGCGAGGAGAAAAUCGUGGCUGUGGACCUGCAGGCGAUGGCGCCGGUGCCAGGGGUCAUUCAAAUUCAGGGCGACAUCACCAAAAUGACCACCGUGGAGCAGAUUUUCAGCCACUUCCAAGGCCUAAAGGCCGACCUCGUCGUCUGUGACGGAGCCCCGGAUGUGACCGGUCUUCACGACAUCGACGAGUACAUCCAGUCGCAGCUUCUGCUAGCCGCGUUGAACAUCACAACACAGAUUCUGGCGCCGCAAGGCAAGUUUGUGGCCAAAAUCUUCCGCGGCAAGGACAUCAGCUUCCUCUACUCGCAGCUGCAAAGCGUUUUCUUUCACGUGGCGGUCGCCAAACCUCGCAGCUCCAGGGUCUCCAGCAUCGAGGCGUUUGUGGUGUGCGAGAAAAUGCGGCCGAUCAAACUGGAGCCGGCCGAAGGCGGCCAGAUGAUGCAGCUUCCCAGGUUUGUCGCCUGCGGAGACCUUGAUGGCUUCGACAGCGACACCUGCUACCCCCUUGAGCUUGACGGCCGAGAGUACAAGUACCACCAGCCGAUCCAAACGCCGAUUAAACCACCUUACGAGCAGUUUUUGGAAAAGCACAAAAAGCAAGCGAAAGAGACUGAAGCCGGCAAGAGCACGGAAUCGUAAAUUUAAGAUUUAAAACCUAAUAAUAAGAAUUAUAAUGUAAUUUUUAAAUUUUCUCCGCGUUUAAUGUUAAAUAAAAUUAAUGAAAAAUUUUAUGAUAUUGUUUAGG